AUGAACUUUGACUAUUGCAUUGUCUGUGGAAAUGAUACCGAUGACCAUUUGUAUUGUUGCGAUCAAUGUAAAUCCAAUGACUCUACAGAGUACAGAAGGUCAACAGAUCAAAGGAUGUCGGUGGAACAAAACUUCCAGAUGCUCUCUAUGGAACACUUGAGUUAUUUUUCUAAACGACCAACAAAUGUUUGUCAGUUGGUCCAUGCCGCAAUUUAA